GCUCUUUUCCCGGGACACAUUCCUCAUUAUUGUGACAAUACCACACUCGCCAGUAUUUUCUGCAGUUAGCUUAUUAUUCCACUCCUUCGGUCGGUUUCGUUCGAUCAGAUUCUUGCUCCGUGACCGCAAUCAUCCUUGCGCCGAACAUGAAGCACAUGCGCAGCCUUCUCUCCACAGCGCAAGCCCUGCGCCAGGUCUUUCUUCCGCCCCAAACCAUCCUCCGAUCGCAAUAUCUACGGCCUUCAUCCAUUGGCAUUCGGGCAUCUCUCCGCCCUUUCACCUCCACCCCGGAAUUCCUGGCAUCGAGACCGAAAGCAAAACCAGAAGAUAAGAGAUCAAGUGUAGCAAACCUUGUCAAAGAUGAAGCCAUCACCGCGGAGUAUGUCCAGCUUGUGAACGUGGAGGGCACUCUGGACCCUCCAGUUCGAACCUGGCUGGCUCUCAGGAGAAUCGACCGUGCCAAGGAGUGGUUGAUCCAGGUCAAAGCAGAGAUGGAUGGCGCGCCGCCGGUCUGCAAGGUCGUGAACAAAGCCGAGUAUCGUGAGCAAGAACGUGCCCGAGCCAAGGCGGCUCAUGCUGCUCGAACCUCUCUCAAGCAAGUGGAAUUGAACUGGGCCAUUGACAAUCAUGAUCUCAGCCACCGUUUGAAAAAGAUCACGGAGUUCAUUACCAAGGGUCACAAGGUGGAGGUUGUCUUGUUGAGGAAGAAAUACAAGAGAGCCCCUAAGCCGGAGGAGGUUAAAAACGUCAUGGACAAGGUUGUGCAGACCAUCAAGGAGGCCAAUGGUAUGCAAAUCAAGCCCAUGGAGGGAGAGCCGGGGAAUCAUGUUUUGUUCACUGUGAAGAAGAAGCCCGACCAGCAACAUCAGCAGCAGCAGCAGGCGGAGACGCAGCCGGAGACGCAGCCGGAGAAGCAGCCGGAGACUCAGCCCGAGACUGUGUAUUAGAUCAUACUCUUGUAUAUUAGCCCAGCCCGUAUCUAUUUCCUCUUAAGGCAGGC